GAAGAAACUUAUUUGACAGGCGUUCCCAGCUACCGGAGUAGCUGUAACUGGCAUCCAAACUGAAGACAUGUGUGGAAUCUUUGCCUAUCUCAACUACCAUGUGCCAAGGACUCGCCGUGACAUCCUUGAGAUCCUCCUCAAAGGUCUGCGACGUCUGGAGUACAGAGGCUAUGACUCAGCCGGUGUGGGAAUUGAUGGAGGUAACGGCAAGGAAUGGGAGUCCAAUGCCAAGUCUAUCCAACUGAUCAAGCAACGCGGAAAAGUGAAGGCUCUUGACGAGGAGAUCCACAAACAGCAGGAUAUUGACCUGGAUGUGGAGUUUGAUGUUCACCUCGGCAUUGCUCACACCCGCUGGGCCACCCACGGUGUACCAAGCCCAGUCAACAGCCAUCCACAUAGAUCUGACAAGAGCAACGAGUUCAUUGUCAUUCACAAUGGAAUUAUCACCAACUACAAAGACCUGAGGAAAUUCCUGGAGAGCAAAGGCUACGAGUUUGAGUCAGAGACUGAUACAGAGACCAUCGCCAAGCUGGUGAAGUACAUGUACGACAACCGGGAGAGUGACGACAUCAAUUUUACCACACUGGUGGAACGGGUGACCCAGCAGCUGGAGGGAGCUUUUGCCCUGGUCUUCAAGAGUGUCCACUACCCCGGAGAGGCAGUUUGCACAAGGAGGGGAAGUCCUCUGCUGAUUGGGGUGAGGAGUGAUCAUAAGCUGUCCACAGAUCAUAUUCCUGUGCUCUACCGCUCCUCUGCUAAAGACAAGAAGAGCUGCAGUGCCCUACCCAGGACAGACCAGGACACCUGUCUGUUCCCUGUGGAUGAGAAAGCUGUGGAGUACUACUUUGCCUCAGAUGCAAGUGCAGUGAUUGAACACACGAACCGGGUGAUCUUCCUGGAGGACGACGAUGUGGCCGCCGUGAUGGACGGCCGGCUGUCCAUCCACAGGAUAAAGCGCAGGGCUGGAGACUACCCAGCCCGCGCCAUCCAGACCUUGCAGAUGGAGCUACAGCAAAUCAUGAAGGGCAACUACAGCUCCUUCAUGCAGAAGGAGAUCUUUGAACAGCCAGAGUCUGUGGUCAACACUAUGAGAGGGAGAGUCAACUUUGACAACAACACAGUUACACUGGGUGGACUGAAGGACCACAUCAAAGAGAUCCAGAGGUGUCGGCGACUUAUUCUUAUUGCCUGCGGCACCAGCUACCAUGCUGGAGUAGCGACCCGGCAGGUCCUGGAGGAGCUAACCGAGUUACCUGUCAUGGUGGAGCUGGCCAGUGACUUCCUGGACAGGAACACACCCGUCUUCCGAGACGACGUCUGCUUCUUUAUCAGCCAGUCAGGGGAGACUGCUGACAGCCUUAUGGCCCUGCGCUACUGUAAGGAGCGAGGGGCUCUAACUGUGGGUGUUACCAACACAGUGGGCAGCUCCAUCUCCAGGGAGACUGACUGCGGAGUUCACAUCAACGCUGGGCCUGAGAUUGGAGUAGCCAGCACCAAGGCCUACACCAGCCAGUUUGUGGCCCUGAUCAUGUUUGCCCUCUUGAUGUGCGAUGACAGGAUUUCCAUGCAGCCCAGACGGCGAGAGAUAAUCCAGGGCCUGAGAGUGCUUCCAGACCUGAUUAAGGAGGUCCUCAGUUUGGAUGAUGAGAUCCAGAAGAUGGCAACAGAACUGUACCAGCAGAAGAGUGUACUGAUCAUGGGUAGAGGCUACCAUUACGCUACCUGCCUGGAAGGAGCACUGAAAAUCAAGGAGAUCACAUACAUGCAUUCAGAGGGCAUCCUGGCCGGAGAGCUGAAACACGGUCCGCUGGCCCUGGUGGAUAAACUCAUGCCGGUCAUCAUGAUCAUCAUGAGAGACCUCACCUACACCAAAUGUCAGAACGCCCUGCAACAAGUCGUCGCCCGCCAGGGCCGUCCUAUUGUGAUCUGUGACAAAGAUGAUUAUGAGACCAUCAAGAACUCAAGCCGCACAAUUAAAGUGCCUCACUGUGUGGACUGCCUUCAGGGCAUCCUGAGCGUCAUCCCUCUGCAGCUGCUGUCCUUCCACCUGGCUGUCCUCCGAGGUUACGACGUGGACUGUCCAAGAAACCUGGCCAAGUCUGUGACAGUAGAGUAAACUGCAGCACUCAUCACCUAACAACAAGAGCCUGGCGGACACAUAUUUGAGCAGAGAUGGCGAGGGAGCGUCUGUAUGCAGAAACCAAGAGAAGACAAUGUCCCGUUAACGUGUCUCAGCUCUUUUUAAUGCAACCUUUUUCUCAACAGUCGUAUAUCUCACUGUUGCAUAUUAUCUGUAUCUCACUGUCUAUUUUCUCAGAAACCUUUGGCAUCAUUGUCAUAUUAUUGUUACAGAAGUUGUUUUUCGUCCAUGGUGGCAGGGACUGGGCUGGCACACGCAUAUCGUCAUCACUCUUUUUGCUUUUUUGUGAAUCUGUAGCAACUGACAGUGACAAUUUGGGUUUACUCACAUCAGUGUUCAAAACGUGUAAGCAAGCCCUCCAUGUUUAUGUUCCCUGAUUGGAACCUGAAUGUUAAAGCUGUUGACUGACAGAAGUUAGGUUUUAAAGACCUUUACUGGCUCUUUUUUUCUAUAGUGCAAUGAUUUGUAGUUUAGUUGGGUUAUUUUUCUUUGGCAGCUAAUCAUUUGAAGUGUCUAUACUCCACAGUUGAAGUAAAUGACAGUCUUGAAUCAUUCCAAGCCACAGGUCAUCGCCUUCGUAAUUAUAGCACAGUUUGCCAGUUUUGACUCUCUCUUGGACUUUCUUCUGAGGUCACACAAUUCUCUGUAGGAACAGCAUCAUAAGUCAGAUCACAGAAAAGCCUGUGAAUACACUAAUGUGUAAAAAUCUGGUGUAGGUUACAAAAACUUGUUCUUUGUAUAAACCUUGUUUCAGAUUUCAAACUCUGGUUUUGGUCUGCUCAUUUAGUGAGAAAAAGCUUUGUUUACUGAGCCACCUUCACCAGAGUGAGGUUUUUGUUUUGUUACCAUGCUGCUUUCACUAGUUUCUGUACAUGAUACUCUAUUGUAAAGCUCUCUGUGCACAAUUUAGUGUUUGAUUCUUAUGUUGCUUAACUGCUCUAAAGAGACUUUGUUGCCAAUUUCUGGUCUCCAGUUUGCACAUAAUUUAAAAACUAAAGUAAUUCCAGUGAGAUGAAGUUAUUAACCCGGAAGUACAAGUAGGCCCCAGUUGCCAGCCCACACCCUACCACCAUGACUGAUGCAGUAUGGGACCAUUGGUAGCUAUUUCUUGAUUCUUUUUUUUUUUUUUUUUUUCAUUUUCUUCAAAAAAAAUUAUUUUGUAUUAUUGACGUUACUUUGAUUAGAAAUAUGAAUGUCACUGUCAUUUAAAAUGUCCUGUCAAACCAAAAAUCUCUACAAUGGCUUUGGCAGUUGUAAACCAAAACAUAUAUAUUUUA